GACGGUUCUGGGAUAUGGGACUACUGGGGUUUCUUGGUGUUCCUCGGUCAGUGAGGAGUCAGAUCAGAGACAGUAGAUCAUACUCGAGUAAAGAAGAGAAGAGAGUGGCUGGUCUGCAGUACUGCCUCCAGACCUGUACUGGUGUGUCGUGGGGGAGGAUAGCUAGUCGUGUUAUGGCACAUGAAGGAGCACACGGCCUUGGAGACUGUCAGACAAUACCUACCACACACACAUGGUAUCAGCCUCACUCUCUCCAACCUGACGCCAGCUCUGGACUCAUUACCUGACACACUGUGGUGGGACUUUGGUAUACGGAUGGAUGUCCCGUGGUCCAUGCUGAAUAAGAUAAGGUCUCAGUUGUCCAGUGAUAAGGAGAGGAAAGCAGAAGUGCUCAGAGUGAUUUCCACUGAACAUCCUCACCUGACAUGGGAGCAUGUGUCAGAUGCCCUCUACCGGCUGGAAGAUGGAAAGUAUCACCAUGUUCUAGAGAGAGUCCAGUCCCUAUUCCCCACUGGAAGAAGACGUGCCAAGAAGAUCUACCAAGAAGAAAUGAGCGAGGAGUCACCAAACGAAAAC